UUGUAGAGUAAGCAAGAGUGCUGGAAAUAGCUCGAAUGAUGCUGUGCAAUCUUGAAUGCACCCCAGAAGAACGGAAGAAUAAUUGAUUGCAACAUUGCACAUCAUUAGAUGGCGGUAAGCAAAAGGUGAUAUCCGACUCAAAAUAUACAGUUUUGGAUUUCUAGGGAAUCAAUUUAAUUAUUUUAUUUUCUAUUGCUUGUAUGGAUUUAUUUCAUCCAACGCAUAGCUAAUGCAUUGCGUAUGGAGUCUUCCCUUCGUGUCUGUGCACACGAUUUUCUCAUAUCCUACAUUUCUUGAACACUGAGUCAAGCCGGGGUCGCUGACCGCUGAGCCGCAAUGGUGGAGAAGUCUGACCGGGCACCUCUGCUGGACUGGGAGGAGGUUCCUUCGACAGAGAAGCCUGUUCCAACACCAGAACAGGAGAAGGAAGUCAAGGUGCCGAGCCCCACAAACAGUCGGGCGUUGGGAUGCACUGCACCGGGGAUAGGGUGGAGCACCAGUCCGGGGGGUCCCAUGUCUUUAACAGCAGCAGUCUCUAGCACCGACAGAGCAGACACAGCUCUCUCUUGCAGGAGCAUCGUCCACACCUCGGGGGAAUGUGAUGCUCCUUGUCAGGAUAAGGAUGCCCAUACCCCUACCUCAGGACAAGGAAAGGACCCGCAUGAUAUCAGCAUGGUGAAAUGGGAGGAAAAGGAUCAGAUUGUGGCCGUGUUUGUGGUAACAUUUGAUACAAGAUCAGGUAACAUGUUGGAGUGGUGCCUGCCAGGGGACAUGAAUCUUGAUGGAGUUGAAUUCAAGGCUAUGGCCAGUGGCUCCCACAGAGUCUCCAGUGACUUUAUAUACUUCCGUAAGGGCGGAUACUUUGGCCUGGCGUGCUUCGCAAACAUGGCGGUGGAGAGUGCAUUGGAGAGAGGUGCCAGGAUGAAAUCUGUGGGUAUUUUGUCAACCUCAUAUACUCUGCUGUACCGAUACAUGGGCUUCCUGGAGCACCAAGUCAGGCUCCAACUGAAAACACCUGGCCAGUACUCCCCUCUGGAGGCAUUUUAUGAGGAUAAGAGAGCAGUGCUGCCCCCUGAUGGGGAAAGCGUGGUUACUGCAUGUCCUGACAAUGCCUGGGGAGUAGCGCUCAACCACUGCAUGCACCCGGAGAUGAAGAUCACCCACCCAGCGGGCUGCAUGUCCCAGUUCAUCCAGUUCUUUGGGGAGCAGAUCAUGGUCCUGUGGAAGUUAGCUCUGUUGAGGAGGCGCAUCCUCAUCUUCUCACCUCCACCUGUUGGUGUGGUCUGUUAUAGAGUAUAUUGCUGCUGUUGCCUGGCCAACGUGUCCAUCCCAGGGGUGGGCACAGCGGUGCCAGAGUUUCGCCCAUUCUUCUAUGUCAACGUGGCAGAUAUCGACACCCUGGACACUGAACUGUCAUACGUAGCAUGUACCACAGAAAAGAUCUUUGAGGAGAAGAAGGACCUUUAUGACGUCUAUGUGGACAACCAGAAUGUGAGGACGACCAGAGAGAGCUUGAAGCCUUUGCUUCGACUUAGCCCCGCAGACAGGGAGAAGUACCGAAAACUCACUGAACAGAGGCAAAUGCUGUUAUAUUCCCAGGAAGAAAAUGGAGACUGUGUAUCCAGUGAAGAGGACCACUUCAUUCUGUUUUUCCUGGAGCAGAAUAACCGCAUCUUUCAGAUACUGAGUGAGGUGGCCGGGAGCCCUGAGCCCACCCUGACCCAGGAGAGUGUCAGGGCAAUGGGUCUGGACCCUCAUGGAGACAGGCUCUUUUUGCUCCACCUGCUGGAGACAUAUGGCUAUGACAGCCUUCUUGUCACUGACCACCCUUGCUGCAGCUAAGGUCUGGGGAAGGGCAAACUGACUGACCUACAGGUUCUACCAGUCCAGAGACAGUGCAGACAGUCUGGAUUAUAUGAGUCCACAAAGUUUUUGUCAAGGCUCGACUAGGACGGUGUUGAAAAAUGGUCUCAUAUUAGGACUAUUGAUCUAGGAGUUGUAUUGCCUUUCAGGUAUUCAUUAUAAAUAUACAGACAGGGAGCCUGAUCCCGGCAUAUAAUUAUAUCGACAGGGAAACUGAUCCUAUCCUUUCAUUGCCACUGGAAAACAAAUACAGGGCCAAAUGGCCAAGGGCCAUUGGGGCAAAAGAACCAAACCAAUGAAUGACAAGAGUUGUUGAACAAGAAGACCUUUGGAAAUUUUCUGCACUGUUCUAUGAUGUUUUUAACUCACACAGUCUGGAUAAUUAACCAUCACCUUCCUGCCUGUCAAAUAAGAUGUACAAUACAGAGGAAUGUAAUUGGUGUUAAUACCCUCUUAUUCUGGAGGUGACACCACAUGAAAACGUCCCGGAACACACUAGAGAUUCUGUGCCUCUGACGAGAACUUAUCUAAUGAAGUCAUGCUAAGGUUUCCUUUGGUUUUCGAAUGGGGUAUUACCUAAAGUUGUGAAUUGGUUGUAAUGUUCUAAAAUGGAAGGACUUCUCAGUUCUCUUAAUGGAAUUUAUUAUUUAUUUGUGUUUUCAAGAAAUCACCAAGCUGUUCUGUGUAAAUAGAAAAUUAUUGGUAGAAUGUGUUUUAUGACAAGAUUCCUUAAAUGUGCUACUUUGCCUAAAACUUCUGGUCAAGCAUUGUAUACAAAUAGUACUCCAUCGUCCAUUAUCAUGAUACUAAGUAUACAAUUCUACUUCACACUCAGAUUUAGUUUCUGUUGAAAUUGGGGUCUGGGCGUACCAGCAGACUUUCUGAUGAAGUCCAUCAAUGUAGGAAUGUAUCAGCUUUAUAUAUACAUUAUCACUCAUUGACUUUGAGGUUGUGGGUUCUAAUCUUAAUGUGUAAGUGUUAAUAUUUUCACCACACUCUGUGAAAUAUACAAUGAGAUAGGUGAACACAUUUGAUCGUGGUGGUUUAAUUGUUACAUUGCCUUCAGACAGUGUUGGUUCAGACCUCAUCUCUUAUGCCAGUUGUGUAAGUUUCAGUAACUAUUGAUGUGAAACAUGAAAAGAAAUGUAUUAAAUGUGAAGGAAGCAG